AUGGGCGACAGAGAUCAUAGCCAAGCGUUGACAAUUCCUCAUCAUGACAGCCCAGGCUCUUCUGUUUUCGAUCUCCCUAUUCAACCAGUAAACCCUGUUCUCCCAGUUAAUGGACUUGGCGUGUCCACUGGGAUUGAGAAAUCUUUUUCUCCUGCCAUAGACCAAGAUGAACUGUCCGUAGAUAUUUCUACUAGAGACAAAUCAUUUCUUGUUAUUUCUGGAGGCACUGGCGGUAAUGCCAUCUGCUCUGCCUUCCGGAAUGUCUGUUACGUUCUUCCUGUGUCGGACGACGGAGGCUCAUCCAGCGAAAUUAUACGCGUACUCGGCGGUCCCUCAGUUGGUGAAAUCACUCAUACCACUCUGGCUCUCUACAUAUCUAAAGAAAUUUUCCAGGUGAUAUAA